AUGGAUCAGGCAGUUUCGGAUUUGUGGUCACACUCACUCUUCUCUGCUCUACUGCUGAACACCGGAGCCCCCCAGGGCUGUGUGCUCAGCCCCCUCAUAUUCACGCUGUACACCCACGACUGUAGCCCUCGACAUGAAGAGAACUCUGUUGAGGUGGUGUGUGGAGCCCCCUCCAUCUACCUGGACUUCGCCCGCUGCAUGCUGGAUCUCAGGAUCGGAGUCGCAGCCCAGAACUGUUACAAUGUGGCCAAGGGAGCGUUCACGGGGGAGAUCAGUCCGGCCAUGAUAAAGGACUGCGGGGCAGAAUGGGUGAUACUGGGACACUCUGAGCGCCGCCAUGUUUUUGGGGAAAGUGACGAGCUGAUUGGUCAGAAGGUGGCCCACGCUCUGGAGAGUGACCUGAGUGUGAUCGCUUGCAUCGGGGAGAAGCUGGAGGAGAGGGAGGCCGGCACCACAGAAGAAGUCGUCUACGCUCAGACGCAGGUCAUUUCAGGGUAUGUUGGGGAAGGCAGGGGACUCCAGAGCCACUUGGAGCUGUAUUCUGCCUAA